AUGGGAGAAGGUUUGAAGAGACCUUCCAUCUAUCAUCUGUGCAAGGAGGAUGGGGAAUUUGUAAGCCACCUUUUCUUUAACUACAAGUUCUCUCAAGAGGUCUGGAAUGCUCUUAUACAACACUUGAAGAUUGAUACAAUGAAUUUAGAGUGGUGGAACAUUUUUGAAUGUUGGAGGGGCUGGGUGAGUAUUAAUUUGGGUUCCAUACCUUUUAUUGCUGCUUGGUUUCUCUGGUAUGACAAAAAUCAGAUAAUAUUUGAUGAUAUCCCAGCUGCUUCAAGCAAGGUGGCUGCCAAUUGCUUAGCUUUCAUCGGUAAACUUAUUCAAUUAAAGAAGUUUCUUAACAUCCUCAGAAUUGCUGCUGCUACUAGUCAAAGGAAAUUUUAUGUAAUUAAGGUAUUUUGGGACAAACCUCCUGUCCAUAUUGUUAAAGUUAACACUGAUGGAAGUUACUCUUCUCAUGGGGUUGGGAUUGGGGGAGUAUUCAGAGACCAUAAUGGCAGAUUUCUACUCUUCUAUUAG